GGUAUUGUACUCAAUCCAUUGUUUCCCGGACAACACCUGUACAAGAGGAGGUACCAGUGACUAUAAAGCGCUCAUAGUAUGUUCAGUAUGUUCCAUGGCGAUAUCGACCGACCAUGAAGGCAACACCUGGGCGAGAAAACCAGGAAUAUCACCACGACCAAUAGCUUGGCAACUGUUGGGAGGCUAGUUUUGAACAGGCUUCACGUGAUCCAUUCGCAAAACAGCAGCGGUCGUUUCACUCUGGUAUAACACGGCAGAUACGGGUGGUCAUUGUUUUUAACCUCUUGUGGCGUCAGGAGGAGAAAGGCAAACGGUUAAAAUGGCGCAAAUGUUCCGUCGCGCCGUCGUCGUUGGUGUCGUCACGGGCGCCGUUGUGUUAGUCCUGUACAGUGUUGUUGUGACGACCAACCAUUCCUUCGUCACAAUGUCCAUGGUCUCUCAGUACCUACCAGCGCAACCUGCCGUUGUCAUAACAGUAACGCCGCAGAGUCUCAGUAGCGCCACUAAUGACCACCUUCGAGUCAUCCAACGGUCUUCUACAGGUCAACAGAUACAAUCCAGCACACCACACCACUUGGUGUUUACAACUCACCCUCCAAGUGUACAUACGACAGGGUCAGAUAUGAAGGUCAAGAUUAAAACAACUCCAUACAUAAUUUACAGAUGCUUGAAAGGACAACUCUGCGGUGGAUAUGCAGAUCGUCAGAAAGGCAUCGUUGCUGGUUACGUCAUGUCGGUAAUGACGGGUCGAGGGUUUGGUAUAGAGAUGAACAAACCUUGUGAGUUGUCAAACUUUCUCCGCCCAAAUGAAGUGGACUGGACAGUCAACCCAGAGAUACACCGACUCAAAUCGCAGACCUUGAAAAAGCUCGACAGGUCAGCACAUCCACUGCGAAUGAAACUGGCUACUGAUGACGUCAGCAAGAUCUUCACAGAAAACAUAACUUACCUCACUCUUAAUACUGAAUUUGCUCAAUAUCUGAAGAAGAAUAAUAUUCAUAGGAAAAGUCUAGGUUGGAUGGCCAAUGCCUCUCUGAGUGAAAUCUAUGCCAAAUCGUGGAGGACGUUGUUUCGUUUAAAGGAUGAUUUGCAAAAGGAUCUGGAUAAAUUCCUAUCUCUUGUUCCAAGGAACUACUCGCUUAUUUGUGCACAAAUUCGUAUGGGUAAGAAUCCAAACAUUCCAAAUGAUAGCGAGACAAGAAACACUGAUAAAAGCGUGAAACCAAUAUGGGAAUUUCUGGAACGGUAUAACGAUACGUCAAAGUAUAAAAUAUUUGUGUCAACAGAUUCAGAAAAUAUAAGAAACGAAAGCCUUCGAUUUUUCCCAAAUAAUUCUUUGACACUUCCGGGUGUUAUUGCGCAUGUGGACAAGUCACCUCGAUGUGAGGGCUUCCGGAAGGUGAUACUGGACCAGGAAGUGCUGAGCCAUUGUGACACCCUGUUGAUCACCAACAGUGGUCUGGGGAGGAUAGCAGCCUUUUUAGACAACGAGAAGACAAUCUGUAUUGUUUCUUGAAUCGACAACUCACUAAGUGCAAUUAUACCUCACCAGAAUUUAUGCCCAAGAGAUGGUAGAAGAAUGCUUGUGUGCAGGUUCAUGUUACCGUCCUGUUCCUAAAGGAUGUAUAGGUAAGAGGGCUAAAUCGUUCUUCCGUCUUUUAAAAGUAUCCUGGAUAUCAACAACGACUUGAUUCUGAAAUAUACUUCUCAAAAGAGUUAAAGAACACCCUAAUGUUACUUAUUUCAUCGGUCAGGGGCAGUGGGGUAGCCUAGUGGGUAAAGCGUUGGCUCGUCACGCCGAAGACCCGGGUUCGAAUCCCAACAUGGGUACAAUGUGUGAGGACCAUUUCUGGUGUCCCCCGCCGUGAUGUUGCUGGAAUAGUGCUAAAAGCAGCGUAAAGCCAAACCCAGUCAGUCAGUCAGUAUUUCAUCGGUCAUGCCGGCAAUAGCUGCAUGGAAGAAACGAGUUCUUUACUUCUUUCGAGUGGUAUAUGGUGUGCUUUUAUUGUCAUACUUCUGAACAAUAGGUCCCUGGCGCUGAGAGCGUGUAAUGCCCGGAUGUGUCAUUCAGGGAAAGGAUACUUACGGGAGUACACGUGAAGAUUCGGGUUAGUGUUGGUCUUCAGCAACUCAUGCUUGUCGUAAGAGGGACUAACGGGAUCGGGUGGUCAGACUCGCUGACUUGAUGGAAA